GGACAUGGAGCAGAGCUUUAACGAGCGGGAGGCGAUCAGGUGGAUCGGGGAGAACUGGUAUAACACCUUCCUUUUUUCUGUAGCUUAUGUGAUUCUGAUCUUUGGAGUCCAAUAUUUAAUGAAGGACAGGAGAGGCUACAAUCUGCGCAUGCCACUGGCCCUCUGGUCCCUGGGGCUGGCCUUAUUCAGCGCCAUUGGGGCCCAUCGCACCUGGAAGCACAUGGUCUUCAUGCUGACUACUAUGGGAUUUAAACAGUCAGUGUGCAAUCAACUCUUUUAUGUUGACCCCAUCUGCAAGCUAUGGGUCUAUUUAUUUAUACUGAGCAAAGUCCUGGAACUAGGUGACACCGUGUUCAUUGUUCUCCGGAAACAGAAGCUCAUAUUCCUCCACUGGUACCACCACAUUCUCACGCUCAUCUAUUCCUGGUACUGCUACAAGGAGAUGUUGUCAGGUGGCAGCUGGUUCAUCACCCUAAACCUCACUAUCCAUACUGUCAUGUACUCCUACUACACCGUGCGAGCAGCGGGCUUCCGGUUACCCCGCUGGAUUGCCAUGGCAAUCACCUUUUCACAGAUUCUGCAGAUGGCAAUAGGUGUAAUAUUGUGCAUCUUGCUCAUCUUCUGGAAGGAGGAUGAGGUCUGCCUUUGCAGUUGGCCUAGCAUUUCCUUUUCAUUGCUAAUGUACCUUAGUUAUUUGGUGCUCUUCUGUAACUUCUUCUCCAAGUCUUACCUAACGAGCACUCAGAAAUUGAAGGGAGAAUAA